GCCAAUCCCAGGCGGCGAGCCAUGGUGGCAGGAUCGGCAGUCGCGCAGGCUAUCGGGGCAUAUGGCUCAUGGAAGGACGCGACGCGCCUUCUGCAAGAACUCGAAGACGCCUAUGCUCGGACGAGGUCGGCGGCAGAUGCGAGUCGCUGGGUCGAGGCGACAACAGAGGCCAUCCGCUGGGCGUUGGCGACCGCCGCCCGGUCGUCCCAGCAGGCCCAAGCCCAUCUCCACGCCUGCCUCGUCCAGCUCGCCAAGGGUCUGUCCGCGCCAAAGCUUCCAGCUCAGGCUGCGCCGUUUGUCUACGCCACGUUGCUCGUCCAGCUGCUAUCAACGUACCCUGUGCUGGAUGGCGCCGGCGUUGUCCUCGCGUUCUGUUAUCUCCAACAUGGCCAGUUGGACGAGGCCAAGGUCCUUUUGGACGGCCUCCAACAAGCCUCCUUACACGCCUAUGCGGACGAGGUAUGCAUACUGCACGCCGCACUCGCUCUCAUAUGCGACGGCCACGACCCGCAGCCAGCGCUCGCCUCUCUCCUCACGCGCAUUGAGGCAGCCCCGACGCCGGCGCUCUCGUUCUGGUACGUCUUGCUGUCCAUCCAUGCCCGGACGCCGACGACAGACCUGCGCCAUCUGCUCCCGCACCUCGAGGUCGCCAUCGCCGGCGACUAUCAACCCGUUGCAAGCUGCAACUUGCAUGCAUUUGUCUUGGCUCAAGGCAGCGGCAGCUUCAAGGCUGGGGAUUUCCGCGAAGCGGGCGAGCUCCUUGCGCGGGCCAUGCAGAUGGAUUUUGACCAGCCGGAUGCGGCGUUCAACUACGCGAUGCUCUUGGGCAAGAUGGGCAAGGCGCAUGAGAUGCAGCAUAUGCUGGAGCUCGUGCUCGAGGCCAUGGUGCCGCCGCCGCCGGCCGCGCUGACCAUCACGCCUCGGCAGACCACCGUGACCCGCGUUCGUCAGCACUUGGUCGCCACUAGUCUCGAGAACCACGAGUACGCGACCGCCAAGCGGGUUGUUGAAGCCUUGACACAGGCCCGCGACCUGGUGGAGGUCGCCAGCCCGUUUCAAUUGUCCCAGCUCAUUCGCGACCGCAUCUUUGUGCUCCUCGAGCUCGACUUGCACGAAGAUGCAUUGGAAAUUGCCGACGCCGCGCUGCAACGCCACUUUGUCGAGUUGGAUCCCGUGGUCGUGCUCUACAAGGCCGACGCGCUUCUCUGCCUCGGCCGCAUCGACGAGUGCACGUGGACCAUGGACCGACUGGACGGCCUCGGCGCGGUUGAGAGCGCGCCAACGCUGCACGCUCAAGUGCUCAACAACCACGCACUCACGCUGGCGUGCCGAGGCGACGUCGAGGGCGCGGUCCGAAAGCUCCACGAGUGCCGACGUUUGUUCCCACGUUGCCGACACGCUGCGUUCAACUUGACGCUGCUGUUGUGGCGCAAAGGAGACAAGGCCGCCGCGUGCGUCGUCUGGCUCGACCACACGGCGGCCGUUGUGGACGCCACCGUGACGCGCGGAGUAAGCGUCGUGGCCAAGCCGACGACCCACGUCAAGUCGCGCAGUCAGGGGCAGGUCGAUCCGAUCCAAGUCGCGGCGCUCGACCGCCUCGUCCGGUCGUUCUCAAACUCCGAGGCCAACGUGCGCGUCGUCCAGCGGGCGCUCGAGCUCGGCCGGCACUUUGCCGACGUUAUGGCCGCACCCAAGCAAGGCGCGACGACCGCUGUCGUCUCUCUGGCGACCCUCUUUUUCGCGCUCUUUCUGCCGCAGUGGUCGUCGACGACGUCGAUCGUCAUGCUUCCGUCACCCAUCGACCCGUCGCUGCCGUUCGCGGCGGCAAACGCAACGCUGCACGUCGGCAUCUGGGGCGCGUGCUUGGCUGUCACGUCGAACCGGCCGGACGCGACCCCGUUUGACCCCAGCGCGAUCUACACGUGUGCGAGUCUCUUUGGCCACACGCUCGUCCAGGUCAACUGCACUUCGGGGCGGGGCGUGCGCAAGUGCUCGCCCACGGCAACGGAAUCGCUGCCAGCGUCGCUCUGCAGCAAGACCCGACACGGGGCGCCACUCAAUUGGCACCAAUCGCUGCAUGCGACGGACCCGCCGGUGCGCGACAUCCGCACUUACCUUGAUGCGACCUGCGGUAGCAUCGGCCGCGUCGUCGUCGGUACCGCCGGCAUCACUCUUGCGUCGGCGUCGGCGUGCACGUUUUGUCUUUUGCUCGACGGCCUCCUCUGCGUCUGCGCCUGCACAAAACGCAUCUUGCGAGCCGCGGUCGCGUCCGGCUACUGUACCGUUUUGUGGGGAGCUCUGCUGCUUGGCGCGUGGCGCACUCAAGUCGCCAACCUCCCGAACGCGCGGUUCGCCUUUACAGUCUACGCAGCGCUCAGUGCGCUGUGUGGAUUUGCCAUUACCACGUACUUUAUACAGUGCCACGCAACACUCGUGGUGCCGCGGCCCGUCAAGACCAUGCACACCAAGCUCUCGCGUGGCAGCGUCUACGUGGACACGCGCACUGGCAUGCACGUUCUCGUCGAAGAGACGAUCUCCGAACCGCCGUCAGCCUACGUCUAGACGACCUUUCUCUCUCGUCUUGGG